CGUAGGCUGUGACGACAGCAUUCUUGUAAUUUGCGCGCUGAGCUUUCAGAUGCAGUUUUGCGCUAAGCCACCCACAAACCUUCCCCUGGAAUCCUUCCAUUAAAAUGAGUCGCCCAAGGAAAAGCAAGGUGGACACAGUGCCGAGUGUUUAAAAGAGAGUGGCCAAUUUGGCUCGACGUACGCGACGUGACGUUCAGCCACAUGAACGUCAACAUCAACCCGUCACAGAUCGAGGCCUACGUAAAUCCAAUCGCUGCUGCUCGAUCCAGGGGGCCGGUGCAGAACUCAGGACCGACCAUACAGGAUUAUUUAGGCAGACCUCGACCGACAUGGGAAGAGAUAAAGGAGCAGCUGGAGAAGAAGAAGAAAGGCUCCCGAGCUUUGGCUGACUUUGAGGACAAGAUGAACGAGAGAUGGAAGAAAGAGCUGGCAAAGAACCGAGAAAAGCUGUUAGGUGCAAGCGAGAAGGACAAAGACAAAAAGGCUGGCGAGCGAGAAAAGGAGGAGAAGAAAGAUAAGAAGGAGAAAAGGGAGAAGAAGAAAUCCAGUAGGCAUUCUUCAUCUUCUUCUUCCUCCUCAUCGAGUUCUGAUUCUUCCAGCAGGUCCUCCUCAGAAUCGGAAGAUGAGCUCGAUAAGAAGAUUGUGAAGAAAAAGCGGAAAAGAAAGAAGUCGUCAGCCAAGAGAGCAUCGGAUGACUCGGAUGCAGACUCGGAUGCUGACAGAAAGAAGAAAAAGAAAAGAAUCAAGGAAGAAGGCAAUAAGGAUGACAAAAGCCGUCGAAGGAGAAUUAAAAGUGAGCCAAAGUCAUCCGCUGAGUCAGAUGGAGAUGAAAUGACAGACACCAAGAAGAAAAAGAGAAGCAGUGAAGAAAAAGAGAAAAUCAGCGACAAAUCGAAGAAAAAGCGGAAAAAGAAGCACAAGAAGCACAACAGGAAAAAGAAAAGGAAGGCGGCAUCUCAGUCAGACUCCGAGCUGGACUAGCUGUUCACUACACCUGGUAUUGUUAUUUCCCC